CUCCAAUGAUAGAACAAGCUUGGCAUCAAGAUGGGCGGAUGCAUUACGAGUCGACUACCCUUUCUUUUAAUAUGAAGUGUUUCAUGUAUUGAUAUCGAUGAUCGCAGGUACCUCUAGAUCACCCUCUUAGCCCCCGGACUCUCAUGGACAGCCUCAAUGAUACAAUUGUGGUUUCUUGGGAUUCUUCCUCAGGGAUCGGAAUUAUAUAUUCUUGUCAAACUCACAAGUCACUGGUUUUCCUAAUCCCACUCACUCGAUCACAAGGCUGACCAUAAGUGGCAAGCAUGGAGAACAUACCCUUAGACAAAACUAUGCUCUUAUCUUUAUUUCUCGAGACCUUACUUUAUGGCGUAUUCCUCUCUUUGUACCUAUUAACACUGUUCAUUCUACUUGUACUCGAUAAAUCUCAACGACGACUCCUUCUCCCAGUGGCGACCUUGCUGCUUUUAUUUGCGACAACUCAUCUACUCAUCGAUUUUGUUGAAGCAUUAGAAGCAUUCAUAUUCAAUGUGCAUACAAUCGGUGCAGACGCCUACUUCUCCAUCCUUUCUUCACCAUUCGAAGUCUCAAAAACGAUGGUUUAUGCUGCGCAAACUAUUCUAGCCGACAGUGUCAUUGUCUGGCGAUGUUAUGUACUCAAUCACAGAAGGCUCUCAAUAGCCAUUCCUGGUUUUACUGUGCUGUUAACCAAUGCGGGGCUUGCAUCUUAUGUUACCUGGGACCUUUCUCAAACCCCCAUAGGGUCUCCUAUUUCAACUGCUGGGGCUUGGUGUGUCACCUCAUUCUAUAUAUUAACUAUGCUCCUCAGUGCGGCGUGCAGUGCUUUGAUUUCCUGGCGCAUCUAUCGCACUCGUCGUGCCAUACCAGGCGGGGUUUCUGUUCUUUUACCUGUUCUCAUCGCCAUCAUCGAAAGCGGGACUAUCUAUGCCGCGAGUCUCCUCGCAUCUCUUCUAACAUUCCUGUCAGGAUCCAACGCCAGAUUUCUCGCGGUGAACAUUAUCCCUCCCAUCAUGGGAACCGCUUUCUGCCUCAUCAUCUUGCAAGUACACUUUCAGGUAGGCGGUAAUUCCUUAAAGUCCGCCGAAUCGAGGGCUAUCAUCCCCGGCCACUUCGCAAGGCGAUGCGAACAGGAAACGUAUAGCAUGCAACCAGUUAAUUUGGUACACACCAAGGACUCGGAGGAGAUGCAGACAGAGAUCGUCUACUCUGAUAUGGCUAGCGGAAAUAAGAGGGAAUCAGUCUCGGAAGGUGUUUUUGAAUUGUAGCGUGGACCAACAUUUGAUCGUCUCUCUCGUGUGCUUGGCGAUGCUGCUACUCACACAUUUUCCACUUAUGUUACUACAAACAUUACCUAUUAGUAAAGGCGUAUCCUUAUUUCCUUGUGGCGUGAUAGGAACACUAGCGCUUGUAUGGUGGUGCGUUACGUUCUUGUUUCUUAGCAAUGUUUGUCAAUCCCCAAGCACUUGGAUUGGAAACUGACCGUGUCCACAGAGCACACAACCUGGCACUAGCCCCACUCAAUUCUGCCAUUUUAUUUCUUCGAUUUACGAGCCAUCACCAAAUUGUC